AUGCCUCCAUUAUCGUAUGAAAAGGCGAUUUUGAGAAGUUUUGUGCCAACAUGGCGCGAGAGUCUGAUUCUUUACUUUAAAAAUGGAACACUCGAUAAACAAAAGAAUCAUAGCCUAGCAAAGAGUGUAGGAUCAAGCCAAAGAGUUGAUUCCGAUUUCCAAAAUGGACUUGCAAUCAUUUCCUCAGGUAUCGAUACAAAUCGACUUUUGUUUUAUCUACUAAUUUACAUCGCGAAUCCCUUACACAUCUAUGAAAAUGAUAGUUUCAUCGCAGAUUUUAACCCAAGCCAGCUCAAAUCAGAUAGUAUAACCGAUAAGUCAUUCAAAAGCAUUACACCAACGGAUAGGAUCCAUACGAUUAACUAUAAUUCAGGUAAUGUAAAAACUAGAGGAAAAAAAGGGGAGAAAAGACAAAAACUGGAUAAUUUUGAAAUAAGUUAUAGAAAUGAAACAAAUGAACCAAAUAUUAUAAUAAGCGAUAAGAGUCUAAUUGACUCGGAAAUGAAUUUGAGAAUUAAUCAUCAAGUGGAUGAUGAUGAGUUGUAUGACCUGGGAGUAAAGAAUAGUAAUUUGGUUCUAAAAUCCAAGUCUUUUUAUAGGAUGAUAUUUUCAAUGUCAGAGUCAGAAACCUUACCAAAGUUUCGGAACAGAAUGUUCCUAUUCAACGAUUUGAAUGUACAGUCUACAGUUACAAUAUAUUCACACCUAGUGUUCGUAUUAGGAUUUGAAGUUACAGAUUUUGAAAAUUACGAAACAACUUACAAAUAUUUAACCAAUAAACUAUUCAAGGAUCAAGAACGAGAAUUGACAGGAGCUAAUCAGUUGAAUAAUAAUGCAGAAUACUGCCAAAUAAAUCCGGGAAAUUCCGCACAAAUAGUACUACCAAAAUUGGUAUUCAUAGAUGGAAGCGUCAUUUCCAGUUCACGCCAGCAGUUAUAUGUCAAUGGAGGCUACUUUUGUAUAAAUACAAGGGUUUUGCUGAAUGACAUUUUGACGAGUAAAAUUUUGCCCGAGAUUAUAGGAGGAAUUGUGAUAAUGAAUGCACACCAAAUUGCGGAGGACUGUAACAUACCGUUUGUAAUUCGCUUAUUGAGAAUGCGAAACAAGGUGGCAUUUGUCAAAGCUGUUAGUAAUAAUGUGCACUUCUUCAAAGGUAAUAACCUAAGCUAUUGUUUAAAGAACAUUUUCAGCAAGAACGUUUAUUUGUUCCCCAGAUGCCACCACGCAAUUGAAGCUGUAUUAAAUGACACGCAAGUCCAACCGUUGACAUUUGAAGUGUCAUUCCCACUUAGUGAGACGGCCUCAGAAGCAUACAAUAGUAUUCUAAAAAUAAUAUGGACGAUUGUUCAAAGCAUGAAGAGACUAAAGUAUGAUAUCGAUAUGAAUAAAAUCGUGUAUACGACCAACAAGUUAUUGAUCAGGUUAUUGAGAAAACAGUCUAAAAGUACUAAGGUAUACCAGUCAACAGCACCCCAAGCAAAUAAAACAAAGUUCAACAGUAGUGAUUUCUAUAUUGAUACGCUCCUAAAGUUCAGGAGACUAUUAGACCAUCUUCUGUUCACGGAUCCUAUUACGUUCCUCGAAGAGUUGGAUAAUAUUAUUACUGAAAAUUCAAACUGGGUUUGUACGCCAAAUGGUAUUAAACUGUUCAAAAAAUCCAAUGAGAGAUUAUUUAAAAUUGAGAAUGAUAAGAUUGAAUUGAAUAUUGAAAAUAAUUUGAAGGUCGAGUACCUAAUGAAUAUAUUGAAGACAGAUAUAACAAAUGAUCAGUUGGUACAGAUAAUUAAAAGUAAUUUUAAAAGGUAUAAGAUUUAUAAUCGAGUUCCAAACAAAUUAUAUAACCAGUUUUAUAUCAGAAAUUAUUUGGAUAAGUUAAAAACCAAGAGAAAGUACCUAAACCUAAGCAUUGCUAGGAGGAGACUGGUUAGAUUAGAAAGAAAUCAUUUGAGGUUUUUCAACAAAUACUUCAACUCAGGGAAGAAACUCAAGAGGAAUGUGUUAAUAGUGGUGGAAAACUUCUAUUUGGUUGAUUACUUAACUAAAUAUUUCAAGUAUCCAGAAUAUCACCUAACGAAACUCAUGAAGUAUUUACAACAUAGUUUAUACACUGCUAAUACUAGUAUGACCAAAGAUACCAGUAGCUUCAUCAACGAAUACUACAGUAAUAUUAAUAAAAAAAUACUCAAUAAAAGUAAUGUUUAUAAUCUAUACAAGAUUCUACUACGACAAUUGGAGCAAUCGAACCUUAAUCCUGAUAUACUCAAAUUGGACAACAACAACGAUGAAAACAAUGAUACAAACAAUAAUAAUGACACCAUAAACAAAACUAAUGAGACUAAUCAUCAUAAUCAUAAUAAUACAAAUAAUGAUAAUGAUAAUGAUGAUGACGUGGAAGAAAUGGAAGAAGAUUACAAGAGUGAAUCGGAAGAUGAGAAUGAAGUAUUUAGUAUAAUAAAUGAAAAGGCGAUAGAUGUUAAUGAGUUGAUGAAUUAUAUAGAUAUAACAUUGGAAUUUGACCAAUAUGUAGAGAAUUCACUGUAUAUAGUAAAGUCAUAUAGUAAUAUUAGCAGCUCCAGGAUGGACAAGUACGACAGGCUUAUGACCACACUAAUGAAUGUAAACCCCUGCAUAAUCCUCAUUUACUCACCAAAUGUACACGUUUUCAGAACAAUUGAGAAUUACUGCGCACACAAGUUCGCUAGAGGAGAUCUCCGCAGAAAAAAGAUGAACUUCCUCCAAGUCCACGUAUUGUCGUAUAAGGAUUGCCUGGAGACCCACAGAUUUGCAAAGUGUCUAAAAUCAGAAGUGGACGCAUGGGCUUCACUCCAAACUGAGAAGAAAACACAGGUGAUAAGACUAGAUGAAGGAAUUCUACUCAACAGGGCAAGUUUGAUUGGACAAGUCAUAGUUGACUCACGUGAAAUGCACUGCAAGCUGCCAUUCUAUUUAUUUAAUUUGGGAAUAAAUGUGGUCCCGAACGUUCUUGAAAUCGGUGAUUAUCUCAUCACUAGAGAUAUUUGUAUUGAGCGGAAGAGCAUUAUUGAUCUUCAUAUCUCACUCAAUAAUGCCAGACUAUCCAAACAGAUAUCUGAGAUGUGUAGCGCGUACAACAAUCCGUUCUUAUUAAUUGAGUUUGAAGAGGAUGAUCUGUUUCAUUUGCCAUCCACUGGAUACACCAAAGGAGGAUACAAUUACAUUUACAUCAAAUUAAUAAUAUUGUGUUGUAAUUUCCCGAAACUGAGGUUAAUUUGGUCCUCAUCGCCCAAGCAUUCUGCUAACAUUAUCAAGUACCUCAAGGCUAAUAGAACUGAGCCCGACUUGAUAAACAAUGACUAUUUGAUCAAAAACUUUAGAAACAAGUCAGAAAAACUUGAAAACAGACCAGAACUAAAUUCUACUGAGAAAGAUGACGCUACUGAUAUUAAAUCAGAAAGUAUUAACGCCAAGUCUGAGAACGUUAAGACCGAAAAUGUCUCUCAAAGCGUUAAACCUGAAGAUAUUUUCAAAGCUAAAUCUGAAAACACUGAAGGUACUGUUGAUACUAAGUCUGGUACUUGUGAAGAUACUACUAACGACAAACCUGAAGAUACUGAUGUCUCUAAUUCUGACACUAAACCCGAUGAUGUUUGUGAAAACACAGUUGACAAUAAUGUUGAUGAUGCUAACAAAUCUAAUGAGAUUACAGAAUCUAAUGAAGCUAAUGAAGUUACAGAAACUAAUAAAACUGAUAAUACUGACGAAAAUGUUAAUAAUGUAUCAGAAAAUAAAGCUGAAAAUACCUCUGAAAAUAUUGCUGAAACUGUUAACAGUGAGUAUAAUGACACUAAACCUGAAGAUAUGAUUGAGGCUGGUGUUGAAAAUGUUAAUGAAUCUAAUGAAUUUGAUGAAUCUAGUAAAACUAUUGAGACUAAUGAAAUUAAAGAAACUGACAAAACUGAUAAAACUACUGAAACAAAUAAAACCAAUGAAAAUAACGAAUCUAAUAACAUUAAUGAAUCUAUUAUUGAAAAUAUUAACAUUGAGUUGGAUGCUGAUGAAAGUUCUAAUGCUGAGAAAACUGACGAAAAUGUGCUAAAUAAUGAAAAAACAGAGCCUGACAAUGUAGUUGAAGGAAAUCACUUGGAGAAAACUGCAAAUGAAGGGAAAGAAAAGGUGAUAGGUCUCAAGAGACCUGAGUUCGUAAAGAACAGAGACGCAUUGAAGAUUUUACGUAACAUCCCAGGAGUUACGUCCCACAACAUCUCACAGAUUUUGACAAGGGUAAGUUAG